AUGAGUAUUGGCGCAAUUCCCACUGCGAUGAUUCCUCCAUCAGCUACCGGUGUACCUGGGCAUACGGCUGGUAUGCCGUCCACGGCCCCUAUCUUGCCUCCAAAUCACACCAUCUACAUCAACAACCUUAAUGAGAAGAUUAAAACGGAUGAGCUAAAGAAGUCCCUUUAUGCCGUUUUUGUUCAGUUUGGACAGAUCCUUGACAUCAUCACGGGUAAGUCUGUGAAGAUGCGAGGUCAAGCAUUUGUUGUCUUUUCUGAAAUCAGCUCUGCUCGCAGCGCUCUGGAGGCCAUGCGUGGGUUUCCACUCUAUGAGAAGCCUAUGUGCAUAAAUUUUGCUCGCACCACCUCUGACAUUAUCGCAAAACGUGAAGGGACCUACGUUGAGCGUCCCAAGCGUCAACCACCGCCACCUCCACUUCCACCACCAUCACAACAACAGAAUACAACAAUAGAUGCAGCUGCACUGAUUGGCGGUGGUAGUGCACGUGCUAUUCGCCGUCGGCAACAGCGUCUCGCUGCUGCUCAGGCUGCUGCUUUGGCAGCAGAAAACGGGGGUUCAACCACUGGUGGAUCUUCGACAUCACCUCAGCCAUCAUCAACGGCCGUAUCGCAGUCUCAUCCACCGCCUAUAAAUCCGGCCACUAUUCCUGAUCAGCCGCCGAACAAAAUCCUCUUCCUUACUAACCUUCCAGAGGACGCCAAUGAAGCCAUGCUGGGCAUGCUUUUCGCACCAUUUGUUGGUUUUCGGGAAAUUAGAAUGGUUAUGGACAUCCGACCAAAUCAUACGCUCUACGUAAACAAUCUAAACGAUAAGUUGAAGAAGGCGGACCUAAAGAGGGCUCUUUACUACCUAUUCUCGCCUUAUGGACGUGUUCUAGAGAUAAUUGCAAUGAAGACACCAAAGAUGCGGGGUCAGGCUUUUAUCAUCUUCCAAGCCAUCACUUCGGCUACGACGGCACUGAGGGUACUUCAAGGAUUUCAACUUUUUGACAAGCCAAUGCGGAUCCAAUACGCACGGAAGAACUCGACGCAGAUUGAGGUGUUGCAAGGUGUAAACGCAGAGACGCAGAAGAAGAAAGAGGAGGAGAGGGAGAAACGACGUCGAAGGAAGUUGGCUCAGCGGCAGGCUGCUGCUGCUGCUGCCGCCGCUGCUGCUGGUGGUGCUGGUGCUGUUGUCAACGGACAAGCAGGUGAUGCCUCAUCGACAAGCUACCUAGUGGUCAGGGAAUUUGCUUUUCAGGUUGAUGGUGAAGUCGACACCGAGCCACCGAAUCGCGUACUCUUUGUUAGCAACCUACCCGAGGAGACCACUGAUGCAAUGUUGACGAUGCUCUUCAACCAGUUCAGUGGCUUCAAGGAGGCUCGUCGAGCCGUAGGUGGCAUCGGUUUUGUGGAGUACGAGACGGAGGCCCAGGCGACGGCCGCUAAGGUGACCUACCAUGGCUUCAAAUUGACGCGUACUCAUGCCAUCAGCGUCACUUAUGCCAAGCACUGA